CACUGGCGAACUGUUCUCCAGUAUGUUCGUUCGCAUGUGGUUACAGCGAAUUGACGUGACGUGACAUGACGUGACGAACAGUGUGAAUUGGCCGUUGCAAAAGCGCGGAUGGUAAUAUCAUUCUAAUAGAAUGAUUCUAUAGUAGAAGUUUUGCCCAAUGCCAACAGAUACGUCACCAUUAAACGAACUUCCAUUUGUAAGAUACUUUUUUAUUUAUUCGAAGUAAUUUUUAUUCCUUUCUUGCUGUCAAAUACUGCACCACUGAUUGGCCGAAACCGCAAAGCAUAUGAUACGUAGCAGGCAAACACUCAAUUAGUGGGAGCCGGGAGUCUAGGAGUGUCGUUGAAGACUGUAUCGGACAAUCGGUCACCGGAGAUAUUGUCAUGGCUGGAAUCGUGGAUUUACUUGCUUGCAACAUUAUAGAGCGAGAUAGUAACGGUGAUGUAUUGUGGACAUGGACAUACCCAUCCCUCACGGACGCGCAUCAGCAACAGCUGAUGAUAAGAAAAUGUGGCCUGGACGGCGAUCACGUAUCGCCGCAGCCGUUUGUAUUCGGUCGUUACGGGAAGAACUGGUAUUAUAUCAACUGCACCGAAGUGUUCGAAUCUGACAAUCUACCAAGGCUGAAGCAGUUUGCCUUAAUCUUAUGGGCUAAGGACUUGAAUCCAGAGAAAUACGAGACAUUAUGUAGAAUACUGAGUAAAACCUACUGCAAGACUGGAAAUCCAGCUGUCAUGUUACAGCUAUAUUUGUCUGUAAUCACGAGAGGUUCCUGCACCACGGAAGAAAAUGGAACUUUUCUGGCAAAGGAUUUUGAAUCUAGGAAAAACAUCCCACACACCAUGCUGAAAGAGCUGAUACAGACAUUUGGUUUAGAAUCAAUAUUAAUAUAUACUGGCCUGCUGCUGAAAAAGAGGAUCAUUGUUUACCAUCACAGCUUGGAAGCACUGUUAAAGUGGAUCCGUACUUUCCCUGCUAUGAUGUGGCAUCGAAAAUCAAAUGAUAUACUCCAUCCAUGGGUUGAUAACACCCCUGAAGAAAUUCUUGAUCUGAAGAGUAACACUUACUAUAUAGCUGGAUGCAAAGAUAGUGCUGUAUGUUCCCGACUGGAUUUGUUUGAUUUGUUAGUGAAUCUCCCAGCUAGAGAGAUUACAGUAGCGCCUCAUGCAAAAGAAAGUAUGGCUAUGACUAAAACACACAAAGACAUAGCAGUCUUCAUGGUACAGCUGGCAGACCAGCCUAAUAUUACAGAAGCACAGAUGAUCAGAGAGCUUGCUGAAAAGACAAGAGAUCUUCUACAGAAUCUAAGAUCACUGGCAACAGUAACUACACCAGAUGGGAAGAUGAUGGUCUCAGUUGAAACACUCCGUGAGAAGAAUUUUCCACAAGCAUUGGACAAUUUUCUUUUCAAUCUUGCUGUUGCCGAGAAUAUGAUGUUGCUAUGAAAUACAAAAAUACAUUUUGUUAUGAACUUUAUAAAAGCAUGUAACUUUAUGUAAUAAUGAAGCUUGUUCACAAGAUACUUUGAAAUCAAA